AUGGCCGACACUCAACAUCCCACCCCUCGCUUCUCGCCCUCCGAAGUCACGGUUGUCUUCCUCCUCGGUGGUCCCGGAAGUGGUAAGGGCACUCAAUCCGCCAACCUCGUCCGCGACUACGGCUUUGUCCAUCUUUCAGCGGGUGAUCUGCUGCGCGCCGAGCAGAUCCGUGAGGGAAGCCAGUAUGGUGAACUGAUCAAGACUUAUAUCCGGGAGGGCAAGAUUGUUCCGAUGGAGAUCACGGUAGCGCUACUGUCGAACGCAAUGGCAGAUGCCUUGGAGAACGGUGCUGGUGUUGGGGAGGGCAAGAAGGCCCGGUUCCUGGUCGAUGGGUUCCCGCGCAAAUUGGACCAGGCUGUGUUCUUCGAAGAUACGGUCUGUCCCUCGGAGUUAACACUGUUCUUGGACUGCCCGGAGGAGGUUAUGGAGAAGCGCUUAUUGAAGCGUGGGGAGACUUCCGGUCGUGAUGACGAUAAUGCUGAAUCUAUUCGGAAGCGUUUCCGCACGUUUGUUGACACCAGUAUGCCUGUCGUGAAAGCUUUUGAGGAACAGAAUAAGGUUGUGUCUGUGUCGGCUACGGGGUCUGUUGAGGAGGUGUAUGCUCGUAUUCAAGAGAGCUUCAAGGCUCGUGGGGUCCAUCAGCAGUAA